AUGUGGGAGUACGCCGCGGAUGUCUGGUCUCUGGGGGUCUGCCUUGUGGCGAUGCUCGGCGGCUUCAUGCCCUUUGCAGCAGACCAGCGGCGAUUCGCGAGUCAGGUGAGGGUGCUGCGGCGCGUCCAAGAGGAGGGCCGAUCGGCGACGAGAGCCAUCUUCGGCUGGUUCCCACCUCGGUGGUGCAAUCUCUCCGUCGGCGCAAUCAGCCUGAUCGAUUCGCUCCUCGCCCUCAACCCUCGCGAACGGCCCCCCUCUGUCGCCACGGUGCUCCAGCACCCGUGGAUCAGCAGACACAGCCAUGGCGAGGAGUGCGCAAUCGAGCGCGAGGGACCAGCCUCGCCAGACGAAGCCACGACCUCGACACGCGAUCCGACUCGCCACGGUCAAUUUUGGGUUCUGGAGGGGAAGAAAAAGAAAACGACCGUGCGUGACGAGACUCAUCAGUCCUCGCUCGUCCACUCCGCUCCACAGCAGAGCGCUCCACAGCAGAGCUCGUCCACAAUGCUCCGUCUCGUCUUCUCCCUGCUAAUUCUCCUCUGCCUGUCCGCUGACUCAAUCGAGGCACGCACCGCCAUGCGCAAGCUUCCCGUCCGAGCGACCCGCGCGCCAGCUGGGGCGAUGAUGGCAGGCGGCGAUGAACCAAGUGAGCUGCUGCCAGAGCGCUGGACAAAGGGCCGAGUCGUCAAGGAGCCGACCAAGGCCAAAGCAGCUGCGGCUGACGAUGCGACUCGGCGCGAUAAGCUGUACUUGCACGACGACCUCCUGCCCUCGCGCUGGCUCAAUCUCCUCUGA